AUGCAUUUUGCUAAGCUUGAUGACUCCCCCAUGUUUCGUAAGCAGGGCUAUGAUGGAGACAUAGCUUUUGCCAGUGCACUAGAAACUUUUGGCGGAGGGCAUAAUGAUCCUAUUAGUGUUGCCUUUGGAGGUCCUGUUAUGACAAAAUUUACUAUAGCAUUGAGAGAAAUCGGGACAUAUAAAGAAGUUCUUCGAUCCCAGGUUGAACACUUGCUCAAUGAGCGGUUGCUGCAGUUUGUGAAUUUAGAUUUGCAUGAUGUCAAGGAGGCACGGAAACGCUUUGACAAGGCUAGUCUUCUUUAUGAUCAGGCUCGUGAAAAGUUUUUGUCAUUGAGGAAAGGUACAAGAAGUGAUGUAGCAACUAUUCUGGAGGAGGAGCUUCAUCACGCUCGAUCAACUUUUGAACAGGCACGGUUUAAUCUGGUGACUGCACUUUCCAAUGUCGAGGCAAAGAAAAGGUUUGAGUUCUUGGAAGCUGUAAGUGAAACAAUGGCUGCUCAUCUUCGUUAUUUCAAACAGGGCUAUGAGCUGCUGCACCAGAUGGAACCAUAUAUCAACCAGGUCUCAACUUAUGCAAAGCAAUCAAAAGAGAGGUCUAACUACGAGCAGGCAGCUCUUAACGAGAGGAUGCAAGAAUAUAAAAGGCAGAUUGACAGAGAGAGCCGAUGGUCUUCUAAUGGAUCUCCAAAUGGAGAUGGGAUACAGGCUGUUGGUAGAAGUUCACACAAGAUGAUAGAAGCCGUCAUGCAAUCUGCUGCAAAAGGAAAGGUUCAAACAAUUAGGCAAGGUUAUCUUUCGAAACGUUCAUCCAACUUGAGGGGCGAUUGGAAAAGAAGGUUUUUUGUUCUUGAUAGCAGAGGAAUGCUGUACUAUUAUCGCAAAAGAUGCAGCAAGCCUUCUGGGUCAGGCAGUCAAUUGUCUACUCAAAGGAAUAGUUCAGAGUUAGGUUCUGGAUUGUUAAGUCGUUGGUUAUCUUCACAUUAUCAUGGUGGUGUACACGAUGAGAAAUCUGUUGCUCACCAUACAGUGAACCUUUUGACAUCAACAAUAAAAGUCGAUGCUGACCAGUCUGAUCUCAGGUUCUGCUUUCGUAUCAUAUCCCCAACAAAGAACUACACGUUGCAGGCAGAAAGCGCCCUAGAUCAAAUGGAUUGGAUUGAGAAAAUUACAGGGGUGAUUGCAUCGUUAUUGAGUUCGCAGGCACCUGAAAGGUGUUUACCGGCUAGUCCAAUGGGCAGUGGUCACCAUAGGUCUACCAGCGAGAGCAGUUCGUUUGAAAGUGCCGAUUUUGAUCAUGGAUUGGUUGAAGAUUACACUUCUGACAGAUAUCCCUCUUUGCAUUUGGACCGUUCAAUUCGAAAUUCUCAACAACAAAGAGGUGGUCCGAAAAUCGAGAAGCCAAUUGAUGUGUUGCGGAAAGUGUGUGGUAAUGAAAAGUGUGCUGAUUGUGGUGCCCCUGAACCCGAUUGGGCAUCCUUAAAUCUUGGCGUGCUUGUCUGUAUAGAAUGCUCUGGCGUUCAUCGUAAUCUUGGUGUGCACAUAUCUAAGGUAAGAUCACUUACGCUCGAUGUUAAAGUUUGGGAGCCAUCGGUCAUAAACCUAUUUCAAUCGCUGGGCAACACAUUUGCUAAUUCAGUAUGGGAGGAGCUGCUGCAAUCUAAGGGUAUCUUCCAAGUUGAUAUUGGCCCCUCAGGCUUGUAUCGGACUAAUAAACAGCAAAUGCCUUAUUUCAGCAAGCCCAGCCCCAGUGACUCAAUUUCCUCAAAGGAGAAGUUUAUUCAUGCCAAGUAUGCGGAGAAACUUUUUGUUCGUAAGCCAAAAGAAAGUGAUUCAGUUGCACAACAGAUGUGGGAUGCUGUCAGUGCGGGUGACAAGAAAGCCUUGUAUGGGCUCAUUGUUAACUCGGAAGCAGAUAUAAAUGCAAUAUAUUAUGAACAAGGAACAACUUGUUACAAUAACUCAUCUCUUACUCUUGCUAAAGUAAUGCUGUUGCAAGAGCAAUCUUACUAUGGUCGUUCGGAAAACGAUCCGAAUCUCGCUAGCACGAGUGAAGGGAAUAACAAUAACAAUAUCAAUAAUAAUAACAUUAAUAAUAAUAAUAAUAGUAAUAAUAUUAGUAAUGGCAAGUAUGCUGACGGGUGCUCCUUGCUUCACCUUGCUUGUGAGACUGCGGAUAUUGGGAUGAUUGAGCUUCUUUUGCAAUAUGGUGCAAACGUAAAUGCUACUGAUUCCAGGUCACUUACCCCUCUUCAUCGAUGUAUCAUUAGAGGCAAAACAACAUUCGCAAAGCUUCUCCUGACAAGGGGAGCUGAUCCACGGGCUUUAGACGAGCAAGGUAGAACCCCGUUUCAGCUUGCUGUGGACUCUAAUUUCCAGGAUAGUGAGGUCCUUGGACUAUUGGCCGAUUCACAGAGAUGA